AUGGUUUCCGACGAGCAUUACGAGAUCUGUCUCCCCAUCCUACAGGAUGCCACUCUCGAGGACGAAGACAAGACGGACAAGCUUGAGGAUCUUCUGCGCCUUCAAACCACCUUGUCUGGUCCCUCACUAGACAAUGCGAUCCUCGAUGUACUAUGGCGAUACCGCGAUGGAGGUGGAAGCUCAACCUCACCCCCUCCCAUCCGCCAGACCAUCCUUCGCCGGCCGUCACCCUCUCCGUGGCGCGGCAAUGCCACACCUCUCUCCGGCUCUCCGCGUCUGGGCGUCAGUCCACUAGCACCUCCGGGCUUUGUUCCGUCCUUCUCGAGGACGAAAUCAUCAGCCGCGUCCCCCUUCUCUUCUCCGAGGCCGUCCCCGAGACUCGCCUUCGCGACGCCAGUUAUACCCAACAGCCCCAACCUUAACGCCUACGAGUUCGCCAACGAUAGGUCACCCUCACAGGAAACAUUCGGCGACUACCAGACUGAGAACGUAGAGUGGCUUGUGGCGGACGAUGCUAUCAGUAUCACCUCGUCUGUCGGGACUUCAAGCGGCCUUAACGCCGCCGCCCCUGAGUUCUCCUCCAUGUCCUCGCAGCAAGUUGAUAUGUCUCCGUACGACAUGCUUCGCUCGAUUCUCGGCCAUACGCGAACCGACGACGAGAUCGAAGCCGCCCUUGCGCUUCACGGCUAUGAUUUGAGUGCAACCAUUGCGUCUCUCAUGGGAAGCCGGCCGCAAGAGAAUGGCUAUGCCACGCUACCCCCUGACGACUCAAAGACCUCUCUCCUUGGAAAGGCUUUGGCCGCAGAGGGACGCCCAACUACUCCUGCUGGACAGAGAUCAGGGGUGAUUUGCAAGUUCUACAUGUCCACCGGGCAGUGUCUUAGGGCUGAUUGCAGAUUCAGCCAUGAUCUCAGCAAUCACAUUUGCAAGUAUUGGGUGAUGGGAAAUUGUUUGGCUGGCGAAACUUGCAUCUUCUCUCACGACCCAGCGCAUUUGUUGAACAAGCUUGCGCUGGACGGCUCUAGCACUCCGCCUAUUAAGCAGGCCAACAACUUGGACUUGAACUCAUUUCCAGCGCUCCCGUCUGGCACUCCUGAACAACUGGGUGGCUUUGGCGGAGGGGCGAACAUUACAGUCGGUGUCACGCCGCCUCCUGGCUUAAAGCCCUUCUACCACGUCGAGAGUCCUCGGUCUAGGUCCCGUCCUGGUAGUCGGCAUCAGCAAGCAAGGGAGCCAGUAGCCCCGUCACUGGACGACGCCGACGCCUUCCCUUCGUUGGGCUCUGCCGCUGCUAAGCAAGGCAAGAAGCAUCACGGCAAACGCGGCGGCCACGGCCAUGGUCACAAGGAAAACUUUGCACCAAGCUCUCUUGCUGAAAUUGUCAAAAUGUCUCCGUCCCCGAGCCAGUCCUCGCUCCGUCAAGAUGCCAAGAAGCUCGGCCGAAACGGUAGUUCAACCAACAUCAGGAACGGGGAGAACAGCCCUGCGGCGCAAGCAAUCCCGAACCCGAAACAUAUCCCGUGGCUGGAAACUGGUGAGCGGGCCAAUAAGGCCUAUCUCAAAGCUCGACAGGAGGCCAUCAAGCACGGCGGUCUCCGAAACAAGUUUCUCCAGAGUGCUGCACAAGCUUGGAACCGUAAUGAUGCGAGGGCUGCGAAAGCUCUGAGUCUCCGGGGCCAGAGCGAGAACGACCUCAUGAGGAAAGCCCAUAGGGAGGCUGCCCGUGAGUUGUACGAAGAACGCAAUAAGGGCACCGCCAAUAGCUUCGAGAUCUACGUCGACCUGCAUGGACUUCACCCCGAAGAAGCGGUGGAGUAUCUGGAGCGGGUACUGAUGGAGAACGGUAAAGAGAGUAGGCCUAUCUACGCCAUCACUGGGACCGGACAUCAUAGCAAGAACGGAAAGGACAAGGUAGGCAAAGCCAUCCGCAACUUUUUGAAUGAGUGGAGGUACGCCUACCGCGAGUUCUCUGUUCCCGGCGACCGCAACAACAUGGGAGGAAUCUUGGGGGUCGAUGCUCGAAGUUACGACAAGUCUCUGGCUCGUGACGGGGGAGCAUCGCUUGCGGAUGACAGCAAGGAAGAGGUUGAUAUCCUGAGUCAAGGUGUGGAGAUUGGAGACGGCAAGGUCAGGCUCCUCGUUCGGGAUCCUCCCAAGGGCCCCAGUGGACGGCGAUGA